AUGGUGCACAAACUACUGCUGCCCAUCGCUGUCAUUGCAAGCCUCAUCACACCUGGGCUCUCCGGGGCCACAACUCCUAAAAAGAAAACUCAAGUGAAGAACAACUCAGGGGUAACACCAGCGGAGCAAUGUGGGGCCUGGGUUAAGGAGCCUGAUGGUGGGUCCUUUACCUCCCCCAACUACCCAAAAAAAUACCCACCUGAGAGGGAGUGUGUCUACAUCAUAGAAGCCUCCCCUCGACAGUGCAUUGACCUGUUCUUUGACGAGAAGUACUCUAUCGAGCCGUCCUGGGAGUGUAAGUUCGACCACAUUGAGGUUCGCGACGGCCCCUUUGGCUUCUCACCCAUCAUUGGACGCUACUGCGGCCAGGAGAGCCCCUCGUACGUGCGGUCCAGCGGACGAUAUCUGUAUAUCAAGUUUGUGGCUGAUGGUGAGCUGGAGGCCAUCGGAUUCUCAGCACGCUACAACUUCACACAAGAUCCGGAGUUUAAAGACAUUGGAGUGCUCCCGGCUCUACCUUUUUGUGAGUUUGAUUUGAGCGGUCCAGAAGGCUUCGUAGAGUCAAUCCAGAUUGCCAGAGAGGGCCAAGCCCUUCAGACAGAGGCUGUCGACUGCAGGUGGUACAUCAGGGCUCCGCCAAAGGCUAAGAUUUAUAUGCGUUUUCUGGAGUAUGAGAUGCACAACUCUAAUGAGUGCAAGCGUAACUUUGUGGCCAUCUAUGACGGGAGCAGUUCGGUGGAGCACCUGAAGAAUAAGUUUUGCUCCACAGUGGCCAAUGACGUCAUGCUGAUCUCCUCCGUCGGCGUGGUCAGGCUGUGGGCCGACGAGGGGAGCAGGAAGAGCAGAUUCAAGAUCCUUUUCACAACCUUCCACGAACCUCCAUGUGAAGGAGACACUUUCUUUUGCCACAGUAACAUGUGCAUCAACAACACCCUGGUGUGCAAUGGCGUCCAGAACUGUGUUUACCCUUGGGAUGAAAACCACUGUAAAGAGAAGCGAAAAGCCAGCAUUCUGGACACCCUGGAUAAUACAAACCUCACCAUUAUUGGGAUAACCUGUGGCCUGGUUGUCAUUCUACUCAUCAUCUCUAUCAUUAUCCAGAUCAAACAGCCUCGCAAGAAGUAUAUCAUCCGCAGAGAUGACUUUGACCCUGCUCUCCUCCAUCCUGGCUUCGAGCCUCCUCACUAUGAGCUCUGCACUCUGCGACGUGCUCCAUCUGGUGACCUGACCGACCCUGCCAUGGCUGAGGACUUUGAGAAGUUCCAUAAGCUCCGCCGCUCCUCCUCCAAGUGCAUUCGUGACCACCACUGUGGCUCACAGGGGAGCAUGCAUGGCAGUGUCCAUGGUAGCCGUAGCAAUCUGAGUAUGAGGGAUUCCACUCUUUUGGCUGAUGGGGGGCCUCUUGCGCCCCCCUUGCCGCCAGGUAUGGGGACCCAGCCAUCACCGCACCUCUCCCACCACACCACGCCCUCUGGCCGAAGAAGUAUCCUGGUAAUGAAGCAUAGUUACUCCCAGGAUGGGGCGGAGGGGUGCGAGGCAGACGAGGAGGAUGAUUUGAUGCUCGAAAAUGGUCCUGCUACAAGCCACCACCGGAUCCACCAUCAUCAGCUCCACCAUGGCCUGUCGGGGCUGGAGCACAGUGUGCACCGUUCAAUGUCAAAUGACUUCUAAUGUAAGACUAUAUAGAAAUCAAAAUUAAUUAAUUAGUUAAUAGAUAAAUAAAAUAUUUGAGGAAUGAUGACCACGUUGUAACAGAAUUAAGCAGAAUGGAUAGGAAGAUUAAAGCUCAAAUGAAAAUAGA